AUGGCGAACGGAGCUGCGAUUGGGCGAGACCCCAAACAGGCGAGGCCGACCAGCGGGGUGUUUGACGGAAUUUCAACCAUCAUGGAGGACAUCGAGCAGCAGCAGGCAAUCCCCUCUGACAGCGGCCAGGCUAGAUUGGAGCAGCUCGGCUACAGGCAAGAACUGGACAGAAAAUUCGGCCGCUUCUCCAGCUUCGCUGCCAGCUUCAGCCUCUGCUCCUUCAUGUUGGGCAUUACUGGAUCCUUGCCGAUCGGCUUCAUGAACGGCGGACCACUGGCGGCAAUAUGGGGAUGGGUCAUUGUGUCUCUAGGCAACCUGCUAGUGGGAAUGGCAAUGGCUGAGAUCGCCUCUGCCUACCCAAUAGCUGGCGGCCCUUAUUGCUGGACAUUGGAGCUGGCUGGCACUGAACCAGUCUUCACACUCCUUGCAUGGAUGACAGGCUGGCUGAAUAUGCUGGGGCAGUUUGCGGCCACGGCUGCAUCGGGCUUCUUGACAGCCAAGCACCUGUCCGAGAUAUUUCUGGUGGCUAACGGGCGAGAGCUGUCACCCUUUGAGCUCUUCCUCGCCUACUCUGUCACUCUGCUCGUGGCGGGGAUAAUAAGCUCGAUAAGCACGAAUGGGAUUCGCUGGUACGUCAUCGGUUCGGCGGCGUUUCUGGCGGCAGGGGGCGCGUUCAUAAUAGCAGUGCUGCCAAUUCUGGCGCCUGUGCUGCAGCCGGCUUCCUAUGUCUUCUCCUACUUUGACACCUCCUUCCGAGCGGCCCAGGGACUCCCCAGCGACACGUAUGUAUUCCUGAUGGGCAUGCUCAUGGCGCAGUACUCCUUCGUGGGAUAUGAGAUGUCUACACAGUUGGCAGAAGAGACUCGCCAAGCAGACAGGAAUGGUCCCUGGGCAAUCAUUUGGGCCAUUAUUGCCACGGCCCUCUGUGGCUUCGUUUUCCUCGUUGUGUUGCUGUUCUGCAUCCAGGAUCCCAAAGGCCUCUUUGAUGGGGUCGCGGGCGGUUAUGUACCCCUGCAGAUCUUCUACAAUGUGUUCAAGGGCCGGUUUGGUUGUGGCACGGGCGGGAUUGUGCUGUUUGCCAUUCCCCUGAUCGCCACCUUCAACACAGCCGUCAUCAGCAUGGCCAGCAAUGCCAGGACGCUGCAAGGCAGGAACGCCACCGAGCGUGUGCACAUUGCUAUUUACAGGAUGCUUUGGUCGUUCUCGCGGGACGGCGGAGUGCCCUUGUACCGGGUGUGGGCGGCUAUCAACUACAGGACGCGCACUCCAGUAAACGCCACGUGGGCAAUGACUUCAAUGGCGUUUCUGCUGGGCCUGCCGAUAUUAUUUUCCACAACAGCCUUCCUCGCGAUGGGCUCCAUCUGCUUCAUUGGCCUCUACACUUCCUAUGCGGUGCCGAUACUCCUGAGGAUAGUGUUCAGGAGACGGUUCCAGUCAGGGCCGGUGCGAAUGUGUGCCCAGCAGCCCUGGCUGAGCAUUCUGGCGCUGAUGUGGAUUGUCUUCAUUGUGGUAUGUCUGUGUUUACCAGUGCAGCUGCCAGUAACAGCCGCCAACCUCAACUGGACCCCAAUCACAAUGGGCCUAGUUGUGACAGCUGUGCUCAUUGCCUGGUACAUACCAAGGAUUGGCGCCGCGCACUGGUACCGGGGCAAAAACCACACACUCUUGCGCGCGCAGCCGCCAGCUGCGGCUCCGCUGGCUGCGGCCGUCACAAGGGCCCGGCCUCAGGGUCUGCCGCCGCGGCACUGA